ACGUUUCGCGGCGCGUAGGAUGACGAAACGAUCGGUGCGUUCUCUCCGUGUUGAUCGUUGGGAUUAGAUUUCUCGUCGAAUUUCCGCGAAUCUUGUGUUUUGAGCCGUGUUUCCUCUCUCGCUAUCGCGGUCGGGUAGACAUUGCAUCUUUCCUGUCCGUCUUUAGAACUGGAGAAUGGUGAAUGAAACUGAUCAGGCCUGCCAAGUGGCUACGAAAGAAAUGGACCAUCAGAUCUUUAAAAUACAUAAUCCAGAUGACUUCAGCCGGAUCACCAGAGGGAUCAAGGUUGCGCAAUGCAUGCAAUCGCGGUCGUCCUGUGUUUCUGACAGUGAGACCGUGUUAAACCAAUUGGAGGAUCUGGUUGUGUCGGAUUCGUUGAGUUGUUCCUUUUGUAACACCGUGUUUGAGGACAAAACUCAACAGAGACAUCAUUACAAGCUAGAUUGGCACUGUUACAAUCUCAAGCAACACCUGAAUGGUCUGAAGUCAAUUAGCGAGGAUAGUUUUAACUUACUGGUUGAUGAAGGCGCCGUGUCUAGUCUGUCUGGUAGCGAGACAGAGUCCGAAAAUGAGGACGAAGCUGGUACUUCGGAGACUGGUAGCUCGCUCAAUGACCAGAUCAAGAAUGAACCUGCGAGUAAAAAUAAUUCCGUGCCUAUCAACGAGGAGUCUGACAAGAAGGAAAGACGCAGCAAGGGUAUCGAGUUAGUCUCGGACAGUUCUGAUACUGAGUGUAAUGAAAUGUUCAAGGAGAAGAAACUGCAAGCUCUACUGGCCAUUGCCAGUCGUCACUCAAAAGUAUUCUUUGAGAAUGAAGAUGGCAACAUAUUCAGCAUCUACAGGUGUCUGUUGCACCAUAAGAAGGACAUUCCUGAAGUAGACAAUGAGAUGAUUGCUCAGGCACUGAACAGUGGCAAAAAGACAACAUGGACGGUCAUCAUGGUCGGUGGUGGACACUUUGCCGCGGCAGUAUUUCAAGACGGCGAACCUAUCGUGCACAAGACCUACCAUUCUUACACUGUGCGGGCAAAACAAGGUUUCGCUCAGAAUUCUCGUACGACGGGCAAUCAUCAGAAGAGCGCCGGUGCCAGUCUACGAAGAUACAACGAAGCGUCUCUCAUUCAGCACGUGCAAGAGAUACUGGAGUCGUGGUCGACGCACAUCAGCAAUUCGUCGCUGAUUUUGUAUCGAGCGGUCGGUCCGUUUAAUCGCACGGUGCUCUUCGGCGGCAAGAAUCCUACGUUAGACAAGAACGACUCCAGGCUAAGACCACUGCCCUUUCCCACACGUAGAGCCACGUUUAAGGAAGUCAAGAGAGUGUACGAUAUAUUGAGCUCCAUGGAGAUUUACGGUUCCGCGGCAAACUUUACAGACUGUUUCCCCAACUCGCCGCGACAGCCUAUACGCAAGAAGGUCCCCAAGCCCGAGCUGAUGGACGAGAUACCCGAGGGAGGCAUCGACGCGGAAUGUCAGCCUAAUGUGACACACAGUAGUACCAGUAGUUCUCAGGAGAGCGAUAAGAUAAAAACAGCUCUGCCGUCCUCACCGGAGAGACAACACAGGAAUUCGCGUUCGCAUAUAGAUCGAGCGAAACCAAGGAAAAGCCCAAUUCGUCCGCUACCAGAAAUCGUUACUAGACUAGCUCAGUCUUCUUCGGGAUCAGAAGUGGACGAGAAUUUGCCGUUGAGUGUUUCGAUAAUUGAACAAGACUUGGAGAUAGAAUUUAAUGAACAUUUACUAGCCUUUCAAGAUACUGUACCAAGGUAUAUGAAGAAUAAAAAAGCUCGUCGGCAGAAGAAAAAAGUGAAGAAAGACGCCCAAAUAAUCAACGAAGUAUUAUUGGAUGCUAAAAUAAAAUUGUGGAAUGCGUGUAAACUGGGGGAUAACGACCUGCUGUCAUCGACUAUCGACGAUCUCCUGGACGAAGUUAAAAAAUGCGAGGAACUGAUGGAGCAAAAUAAGAGUGAUGUUAACGUCGAAUGCAUCAAUCCUCUGGUCAACAUGCACGACAUAGCGAAAUUGGUCAACGAUGUUAACGAGGAGGGUAACACGAUGUUGCAUCUGGCGGCGUUCGGUGGACAUUUGAAACUAAUAUGGCUGCUGCUGGAGAUCGGAUCCGAUCCCUGCAAUAAAAAUAGAAAGCUGCAGACACCGUACGCCGCUGCGAACGAUAAAGAGACCAGGAAUAUUUUCAGAAGGUUUAUGGGAGCUAACCCGGACAAGUAUAAUUACCAUAAGUCUCAAAUACCCGGGCCGCUCAACGAGGAGAUCGAACAGGAGCAGAUGGAGAAGAAGAGGCAGCAGCGGAAAAUAAAGCGUUUGAAGGAGAAGGUCAAGAGGAAGGAGUUUGAGUUGAAGAAGCAGGAAGAAGACGAGAAGCAAAGAUUCCUCAAUCUUAGUGAUCGAGAAAAGAGAGCACUAGCUGCGGAGAAGCGCAUGUUGAACCAAGGUUAUACCGUAAUGUUGCGGUGUUUCCAGUGUGCUGUCGACAUGACUGGUCAGGUGCCUUUUGAGUACAAUGCCAAUCGCUUCUGCUCCAUGCCGUGUCUCAAGGAGCAUCGUCUUCACAAUAAAUUUGUUAUGUGAUGGUGUAUCGUAUAUAGCUAGCGAAAUUUUGCGUACCAAUCAGGCAUCUUUGACCGUGAUUGGCUCACGAUUACUCCGUUAGUCCCUAUAUUUCGUCCACGGAGGAAUUUUGACGGGUGAUUUUUUCAAAAUGAUGUGUAAAGCUAUUUGCAUUACCUCUGAAUAUUGAUUGAAAUAUAUCAGCCACGACGAUUCUAAGGACGAACAAGAUCAGGAAGUACGACUUCAGUACAAUGAUUUAUA